UUUUUUUUGAUAAUGAAAGAGUAAACAAAACAUCUUGCGUAGUAAUCAAUUCAAAUCAAAUGGAAUGCCCAUCUCCUCCGGUAAAUGAUAAAUUUCAAGCAUUUAAAAGUUCUAACAGAGUGAUGGAUUCGGAAUUUGACUUUAAAAAUGAAAGUGCGCAUCAGAACGAAUAUUCUAGACGAAAGCGAAAAGCAGACUUCGUAGACAACUUUCAUAUAUACACAACAGGGGGAACUGCGCCUAGCUAUUUCGUCAAUAAUAAUAUGGAUGUUACAACUUUUGUAAAGGUCCAUGAAACGCAACUGAAUUUACAACUUAGUUUUGUAAUGGACAAUGUACAGCUUGUUCGAGAUCUAAAUAAAUACUUUCAUGAUAUCAGGAGCACUAUUGUUUAUUUAGCCGAUCCAAAAUAUUUACCAUUUCCAAAUGACGGAAUUAAACUAUACAAGGGUGACAGCUUGGUUAUUGAAGGCGAGCUACUAAAUUUGGCAGCUGAUGAAUACGACGUUAAUGUAACCAUUGGUACUACUCAAUGCAAUAUAACAAGCCUUACACUAACUCAACUUUUGUGCAUUCCACCGGAACAUCAACCACUCCCAACUGAUGAAAAUGGUGUGGAUCAAUCGACAGAUUUACCUCUAGUUGUGGUUAAAGUAGGGCGAAAUCUUCGUUUCGCCAUAGGAUAUUUGAAAUAUGAUUUAAAUAAACCCUAUGUUUUUUCACAUGCCAUGUUUGUCGUUAUAUUGACAGUUGCAGUGCUUGUCAUCGUUUUGGUUGUCGUACUAAUAAUAUUUAGAAGGAAAUCGACCCAAGCAGAACGGGAAUACAAACGAAUUCAGAUACAGAUGAUAACAUUGGAAAGCAACGUUCGUUCUGAGUGUAAACAGGCAUUUGCUGAGCUCCAAACGGACAUGACCGAUCUAACAGCAGAUUUGGAGAGCACCGGUAUACCAACGUUAGAUCACGUCAAUUACAUUAUGAAAGUUUUCUUUCUCGGUGUAUCAGAUCAUCCUAUUCUAAACUCCCGAAAAUUUUGUGGAAGUAGCCCGCACACUAACUAUGAUGCAGCUAUGAUACAAUUCGAGCAACUUAUUGGAAACAAAUAUUUUUUACUAUUGUUCAUAGAAACUUUAGAAGCUCAACGGUCAUCUUUCUCAAUUCGCGAUUGAGUUAACGUCGCCUCUUUACUUAUGGUUGUUCUAAUGAACAAAAUGGAAUAUGCGACGGAAAUUUUAAAGUCCCUUUUAUUGCGAUUAAUUGACAAAUCGCUCGCCAGCAAGCAUCCUCAGCUAAUGCUACGACGCACUGAGAGCGUAGUUGAAAAAAUGUUAACAAACUACUUAGCAAUUUGUAUGUACGACUACCUAAAAGAAUAUGCUGGAUCUAAUUUAUUUUUGCUGUUCAAGGCAAUUAAGCAUCAAAUUGAAAAGGGUUUGGUGGACGCAAUAACCCACGAUGCUCGUUAUUCACUUUCAGAGGAACGACUUCUCCACGAACAAGUUACCCAUUCUGUUGUAAUUUUGCACAUUUUACAAGAUGAUCUUGAUGAAAAAGUCCAAUGUCGUGUAAACGAUUUGGAUACCAUAUCGCAAGUUAAAUUAAAAAUCUGUGCACGAAGUUGACUUAGAAUGGAGGCAUGGAAGAGGAGGUCAUCUCACAUUACAAGAUGAAGACCUAACUACAAAAACAAUAAAUGGAUGGAAACGCCUCAACACAUUGGCCCAUUAUGGAGUAAAAGAAUCGGCUGUGAUGUCACUUAUAGCACGGCAAAAUGAUAACUACCACAUACCGUAUGGCAAAAACCAAAAUCAGGCACCUUACCAUAAUUUUUAUUUUAUAAAUAACUCUCAAAGCCAUAUUAUAAUUAAUAAUGACAUCGAGUCAGGAUUGCAGCAACCUCGACUUUACCAUCUUAUCAAACCCAUUAUACCUGAUCAUUAUAUGAACAUUAAAAACUCUGCCUUAUCUGGAGCUUCACCAGCAACUCAAUCAUCCCAUUGCGUAAAUAAUUGUAAUGAGAGGGUAAACAAAACUAUACCAGAGGUCUACUUAACACGUCUCUUGGCCACAAAGGGAACUAUACAAAAAUUCGUUGAUGAUUUCUUUUCAAUUAUUUUAACCGUUAAUGAGGAGUUACCGCCUGCAGUGAAAUGGCUUUUUGAUUUGCUAGAUGAAGCAGCUCGACGUCAUGACAUUGCUGAUACUGAUAUUGUACACGCUUGGAAAUCAAAUUGUUUGCCCCUUCGAUUUUGGGUUAAUUUUAUAAAGAAUCCUGAUUUUAUAUUUGACGUAAAUAAAACGUAUUGUGUGGAUUCCUGUUUGAGUGUCAUUGCGCAAACUUUUAUGGAUGCAUGCUCAACUGCGGAGCAUAGGCUUGGAAAAGAUUCUCCGUCGAAUAAGUUGUUAUUUGCAAAAGACAUUCCAAACUAUAUAAUUAUGGUUAAGGAAUAUUACCGGGAUGUCUCAAGGCUUCCACAAAUAAGCGACCAGGAAAUGAGUACAGCAAUGCAACAACUAUCAGUAAGGCAGAAUGAUGAAUUUGACACCAUUUCUGCAUUAAAAGAGUUAUAUAUUUAUAUAACAAAAUAUAAGGAUAAGAUUAUGGAAGCACUUGAAAACGAUAUAAAUUGCCGGAAGAUGCAACUUUCUCGAAAAUUAGAAAGUGUUGGUGUUACACUUGACGGUGACGGAACAUCUAAUUGCUGACACACGCGUGAUUUUUAAGAAUUGUCUGGACAUUAACUUUCGUUUUUUUUUUAGCAAGAACAAUAUUAAUAACUUGCAACUUGUUAAAUCUUAAAAAAAAUGUUAAAGAUAAAAAAUAGAUCAUAUUUGUACAAGAAGCAGACUUUGUAAUAUAAGAACAAAUAUCUAAUCGCUUUUAUAACGAAGAGAAAAUACACAACAUUUUGACCAAAUGCUAAAAAUUAUUUAUUUCCGUAAAUACCGUAAUGGGAACACAAUAUGUGCAGCCCUAAAUCUGAAAGUCCUGAUAACAUUUGCGAUAGCUUAGUAUAAGAAUUAUUAAAAUUAGUAUUAGUGUAUUUUAAACACAAAAAUUAUAUUUCUAGCUUACUUGUAUAUUUUUGACAUGUGGACAAUGUUAUGUGGGUAAUAGAACUCGUCUUAUAUCCCCGACAACCUUUUUUCAAAGGAUAUUUUAAAAAUUUCAAAAUUGGUGGAAAAUAUAAUCAAAGGGGAAAUCAUACACGAUCCAACCUCCCACUUACUAUCUUUUUAAACUGACGCAACAUGAUCCAAAAAAUCGGUAGCACUUAGCACUGAAACGCAAGAAAUUAUCUGAAAAUUUCAAAAGUAUUAUUUCUUUGUAAGAAGUCCGAUAGUAAUUAAAAAUAUAAUUUUGGUAAAAUGUAUAUAACAAAUUAGAGUUUUUGCGAAAGUGUUGUGCAUUUUGCCUUCGUACUAGUAACGUUUGUAAACUUUUUCAGCGAGAAUAGAACUGAUUAAUGUAUCUUUAUCUUAAUUAAUUCUUUAUGCAAAUUAAGAUCCUAAAUGUUCACAAAAUAUAUGUAUUUAUAUUGUAUAUAAUAAGCUCUUAAAAAUAUAAAAGAAGUGGAACGAUAAA